AUGCCAGAAACCUGCUCAGCGCCGUCUGGGCAGAAGCCCUUUUCUUUCGGCCUCGACCCCUGGACCCUAGCCUACGUCGUUGUGCCCAUCAUCGCCAUAACCCCGUUAGCAACCUACAUCAUGAUUCCAUUUCUGAUGCGCAGCCUCGGCUCCCUUCUGGGGUGGUAUCUGCGGAAAAAGACGGAAGGAAGGCGAGCGCAGCUCCUCGAGCUCAUGGCUGCGGAGCAGCAAUCGUUUAGGCAAUCCCAAUCGACCUCCAAGAAAGCCUCUGGAAACAAGGAUAAUGUGCAGGCACAAUCAUCUGGAAGCUCAGAGAAAGAAAAGGACGCAAACUGGACUGGAGUUGUUGGCUUUUUCCAUCCUUUCUGUAAUGCUGGAGGCGGAGGAGAGCGAGUCCUCUGGGCUGCGAUUAAGACUACUCAAGAGCGAUACCCCAACGCGCUUUGUGUUGUAUACACUGGCGAUCACGAAAUGAACAAGCAGUCCAUGCUUGCUCGUGUCAAGACCCGAUUCAAUAUUGACCUCCACCCUCCGAAUGUCAACUUCCUCUACGUGAGCACGAGGCACCUUGUUUUGGCCUCGACCUGGCCUCACUUUACACUACUUGGGCAAUCUGUAGGCUCCAUGAUACUGGCAUGGGAUGCAUUCCAACUGUUGGUCCCUGACAUUUUCAUUGACACUAUGGGUUACGCCUUUGCUCUGGGGUUGUCCAAGCUGCUAUUCCACCGAGUUCCCACAUGCGCGUAUGUGCACUACCCGACGAUCUCAACCGAUAUGCUGGAAUCUCUCGAUCCCAACUCCGCUACGGGAACACAAGGCGUCAACGCUGGCAAAGGAGUUGGUCUACGAGGAAGGGUCAAGAAGACGUACUGGCAACUAUUCGCGUCUUUGUACUCUAGAGUUGGAUCCACUGUCGAUAUCGUCAUGACGAACUCAACAUGGACGCAAGGUCAUGUCCAGAGACUUUGGGGCCCGCACCGCCAGGCCAGGUCGCGGACCAAUCCGAUCGCCGUCAACUAUCCUCCUUGCGCCGUCGAAGAGCUCGAAGAAGCCGUAGAGGUGUCGGAAUCCAGCGAGAAAAAGCGCGAGAAAGCCCUGGUUUACAUUGCUCAGUUUCGCCCCGAAAAGAACCACCAACUCAUCAUCCAGUCCUUUGCCGAAUUUCUUAAAACCCACUCCGAAGCCGCCAAAGAGGCGAAGCUGGUCCUCAUUGGUAGUGUUAGAGAUGAUCACGACUCCAAGCGGGUGUAUACGUUGCGUCUCCUCGUUAACGAGCUAAACAUCAAGGAUCGGGUUGAGUUUCACCUGGAUGCUUCGUGGCCUGAAAUCUUGGACUGGCUCCAAAGGGCUUCGGUGGGAGUGAACGGCAUGUGGAACGAGCAUUUCGGUAUUGGUGUCGUUGAGUACCAAGCCGCAGGUCUGAUUUCUGUCGUUCAUGACAGUGGUGGACCCAAGCUGGACAUUGUCAUCGAGGUUGAUGGCCAACCCACAGGCUUUCAUGCUACCAAUGUCAAAGAGUUUGCAGAGGGUUACGAAAAGGCCCUCUCUAUCAAGGAUGCACUUCCAAUUCGACUAAGAGCACGGAAGUCAGCUCAGCGGUUCACCGAAACCGAGUUCGACAAGAAGUGGAUUGCACAGAUGGAAAAACUGGUGGCCAUGACUUUAUAA